AUGCAUCGAGGUAUUGCAUUCCAGCCCCGUCACGCCAACGAGGCACGCGUUUGCCUACCAGCCUCUCCGCAAGACAAAGUUUUCCCCGGCCGUUUUUUAGCGUACCUGGUACAGCCACACUCGCCCCCCCGGGACACCGCCAAGGCAUCUUCCGUCGACGAGCCUGCCUGCACACCAGCCACAGCCUCGCCUGGCCCAUCACGACAAGGCUCUCUCUCUCUCGACCCCGAAACCACGAACCCCUGGCCACGUUCCCUCUUUCCCUUCGUGCGAACAGCGCCCAAUUUUUCUGUCGCCGAUCAUCGCUUCUUCACUGCUGAUCUCCUUUAG